UUAUCACGGUUGGGACGUCAACUGAGUGAGAGAAACAGGGAGCUUCAAUGGAGGAAGCCAAACCCGUGCCUCAGAGCAGAAAAAGGCAUCUUCAACAUGAGAUUCAGGAUUCUCCCUACUACAAGAUGCGAGGACUUCUCAAAGACCUUCGGCCCCAUUUCAUUGAGGUGCUCAAGACCCCUGACUUUCGAAAUUGCAAAGCAGCUGAUGAUAUUCGUCAAGGGAUGAAGCUUCUGAUGGAACUACACCAAGAAAUGACAGAAAACUCCGUUAAGCUGAAAAAAUGUAGCAACGGUGACGUUGGUGAUGCCAAGAAAGCAGAGGAGCAUCAACAAGAUGCUGGCAAUCCUUUGGUGGACGAUGUUACAUCUGUCCCGCCUCCAGAUAGUCAGGUACAAGGAUCUUACAUUGUUGGGGGUUCUGCUUUCGGGUGGAACUUCAUAACAUACAAUAGCAGCAAAGCUGUCUACUACGGUCUAACAAAGGAGGCUUUUCGAGUUCUAAAUCCCCUAGUCUAACUGAAUGAGGAACUCCCCCCCCCCUUGUCUGGUACUAGAACAAAUGGAUUUGGUUGUAGAUGUGGAACAUGUUUAAAGUUUAGGAUGAUGUACCAGUUUGUCAGACGCACUAUUUUGCAGGUCUGCUAUACAUUAAUGUAGAGAGCGUGAGAGAAUUGUUGGACCAAAUUUGUGGUGAUGUAUUUUGCGUUAUUAUAUGCAUUUCUUGUGGCAGUUAUGCUUCA